AGCAGCAGCCCAAGAAGCCAGUCCCUUCCAAGAAGCGACGCCGCUCAAAGGAAAAGCACCUCUCUCUGAAGCACGUCACUUCCUCCAUGGAAAUCUUCCCAGAUUUCACUGAUGACCUGGCACUGUUCUCCAUCGACCCCUACCGUGGCACCCUUGCUCCUGGCCAGAAGCAGACCUUCCACGUGCGGUUCGCCCCGAAGUGCGCGGGGAAGUUUGAGACCACCAUGCUGUGCAGGAUUCCUAACCUGAGGCCAACUCAGAAGAAAGUGCGGGUGAUUUUGAAAGGCAGAGCCCGGGAGAAGAAGAGUUUUGGUAAACCGAAACGCUCUGCGUUACGGCGGAGAGAGGAUGGCCCGAGACCCAAGAAGAAGGUGCACUGGAAACCAGCACCUGAGUGACAGCACUGGUGCCAGCUGGAGCAUCUGGAAGGAGACAGCAACAUCGUGCCUUCUGCUGCUGAUGGUCUCCCACCCAAAAUUAGUUAAGUUAUAUUUGGAUAAUUCUUAAUUAAUUGUUAGUUAAUUGAUAUAACCACUGGAACCCAGGUUAGUUUAAUGUAGAACUCUGGUGCCAUGCCAGGAGUGGGGAACUACCUUGGUAUGGGAAUUACCAAAGGUGGAACCUUUAGAGCUGCUUGCUCUACAGUACACAGUCUUCAACCCAGGACAGAGGUCAGGUAGAGACAGGAAGAGGCUCUGUGUCUUGAGGUUCUAGCAGAAAAAGGUUUAUUUGUUGAAAGGAUCAGGAGCAGAAGAGCCCUGAGCACUGCUGUGCUUGAGUUGAAAUACAGCAACAAACUUGGUGGGAGGAUACAGACAGACAUCCAAGGAGGAAUCCUUGGGGGAGGAGUGAGGGGAUUAGGUCACUUGCUUGGGGCCAGUUGGGGCAGGUGGGAGGAAAGGGCAGGUCACAUGGGCCAGUGGGGCAUCCAGAUUUAGGAGAAUUUCAGAGGAGUGGCACCAUCAGGGAUUGGUUCAAGGUGGCAGUGACAGGGAAGACUCAGGAAGAAGGGGCAGGGUUACACUGACAGGCAGGGAAGGAGCCUGGAAUACCAUAAAGGGCAGCUUCAGGGAUGGAUACAACUCAGGGACAAACCAGCUUGGGGAAAAUACAAGGGUGCAUUGAAACAACUACUAACAUUAACAAUAUACUAACAAAAUAAACCUGGGCUGCAACACUUAAUUAAACAAUUGAAUAUAAAUCAUUAAUUUCAGCUUGUCUUGGUUGAAAAGAUAGGUGUCUGCAGGACCUCUCUGAAAUGAAGAAAGUGACCCCAUUCCCACCAAAUUACUCUAACUUUGAAAUUGAUGGGCUCUCAGGCAAAGAUAUGGGAAAGGAGUAGCAGUCCUUUACUAGUAUGUAUAACAAGGCAAACAAAAACAGCAGUGGCAGCAACAACAAAAAGAACCAGAUCCGCAACCACAGCCCUCCCUUGGCUGCAGGCACUUCCCUUUUGCUGUAGUUCUGGUCGCAGCUGGGCAGGGAAGGGAGGCAGAUAAUGAAUAAAGUAAUUGCUAGAGAAAUUUUAAUUAAGCUACACCAAGGAAUACACCAAGCACUGUGUGAUCAGUUCUUAAGAACUUAAUUCUUUGAGGGAGUCUAUACAGGAACCAGAGAUUGAACAAUGCUCAAUUUGUUAGAAGAUAAAUAAGAAAGUGAUGAGAAAACACCCUAGUGAGGAAAGAGCCUAGCCCUUAGACCCUUUCAAAAUAUGCAAAUAGAUUACACUGAGUUCCCCAGAAUACAGAGAUGGAAAUACCUUCUUGUAAUAGUUGAUCACUGUUAGGGAUAUGAUAGAAAUUCGUGCCAAUGGAUUACAGAUAUAUGUAUCAAGCAUGCUAUUAAAGGGAGGACCCAGGGUUUAAGCCUAGAGUGACACCUCGGCUGGCUGACGAGGGUGGAACUUGGCAUUAACAUAGGACGGAAACUCGGCUGCACAGGAGAUGGUCGUUCACUGUGGCACGUGCCUGAGGACACCCAGUGAUGAUGGCCCAUGAAGAUACACAUCUGAGAUAACCAGCGCCAUCAGCACCUUCCACCUGAAUACAGGAUUAUGGAAAUUGGGGGAGGAACAUGUGUCUCUUUCCGGACAAGGUUUUGUGCAGCUUUGAGUGAAGAAAGAAACCAACAUGAAUAUGAUGAACUUUGAAGGGAGACAAAGGGACUCUGCCGCGGGCAAGAAAAACAGUAUAAGAGCUGUCCCUGCGGAGCAGCGAGUGUAGACAGAGGGGGGGUUUGGUGUGAUAGAGGCCAGAGCCGCGUCCACCCUGCCUGUAUCCCUGGGGUCUGCGCUGUCAUUUUUGAUUGGUGGCU